AUUCGAGGAAGCGGAAGUGUUGUUGUGUCGGUCCAAUCUGCUUUGGCUGCCACGUUGGUGGAGACGUGGACUUGUGACACCGGCGGCGGUCCGGGAGUGAUAGGCGAAGCCCCGGUGCGGACGCAGCCAGAGCGGAGCCGGAGCUCGGCCAGCAAGAAUGAAACUUAAAGAAAUCAAUCGGACUGCUAUCCAAGCAUGGAGCCCAGCUCAUCAACACCCUAUUUACCUGGCUGCAGGCACCUCAGCCCAGCAGCUGGAUGCUACCUUCAGCACAAAUGCUUCCCUGGAGAUCUUUGAGCUGGACCUGGCUGACUCCACUCUGGAUAUGAAAUCAUGUGGUAUCUUUUCUUCCCCACACAGGUACCAUAAGCUUAUUUGGGGUGCUCAUGAUAUCACAACUGAUGGCCUAUCUUCUGGUGUUCUCGUUGCUGGUGGUGAAAAUGGGAAUAUAAUUCUGUACAAUCCAUCUGAAAUUAUAGCAGGAGGCGAGGAUGUUGUGAUUGGCCAGAAUGACACUCACACUGGCCCGGUUAGAGCGCUUGAUUUCAAUCCAUUUCAGAGUAACCUAGUAGCUUCAGGAGCCAAUGAGUCUGAAAUCUACAUCUGGGAUUUGAAUAAUUUUGAUACUCCAAUGACACCUGGAACAAAAUCUCAGCCUCCUGAGAACAUUAGUUGUGUUGCCUGGAACAGGCAAGUGCAGCAUAUUCUGGCUUCAGCUAAUCCAAGUGGUCGUGCUGCUGUCUGGGACCUGCGCAAGAAUGAACCGAUAUUGAAAGUCAGUGACCACACCAACCGUAUGCACUGUUCUGGACUCGCCUGGCAUCCUGAUAUUGCCACACAGAUGGCCGUUGCCUCAGAGGAUGAUCGAAUGCCUGUGAUUCAGAUGUGGGACCUUAGGUUUGCAACAUCUCCCUUGCGAGUGCUGGAAAACCACACAAGAGGAAUUUUAGCCAUUGCCUGGAGCCUGGCAGACCCAGAGCUGCUACUGAGUUGUGGGAAGGACAAUCGCAUGCUUUGCUGGAACCCCAACACUGCGGAAGUGGUUUAUGAGUUACCUACAGCCACACAAUGGUGCUUUGAUAUUCAGUGGUGCCCCAGGAAUCCUGCUGUCCUCUCUGCAGCCGCAUUCGAUGGCCACAUCAGCAUCUACUCCCUCAUGGGUGGGAAUCUCGAUGCACAAAGGCAGCGACAGGUUGACAAUAUUUCAUCCUCCUUUGGGAAUUUGGAUCCAUUUGGUACUGGACAAACCCUUCCUCCGUUGCAGCUCCCUCAGUCGAUAGCACAACCAAGUGCUGUGCUGCCUCUUAAAAAACCACCCAAGUGGAUCCGCCGCCCUGUCGGAGCUACAUUUGCUUUUGGAGGAAAGCUGGUCUCAUUUCAGAACGUGAAGCCCCAACCUCAGCAGCAGCAGGAAGUUCCUUUCCAAGUGUUCGUCAGUCAAGUUGUCACAGAAUCGGAACUCCUGAACCGUUCCAAUGAGCUGCAGUCAACUAUACAUUCAGGUGGCUUUGUGGAGUACUGUCGGUCGAAAGUAAAUGCUGCCCACACAGACUUCGAGAGGAGCGUUUGGGGGUUCUUAAAGGUGAACUUUGAGAAAGAUCAUCGCAAUAAAUACUUGGAGCUUUUAGGGUACAAACAAGACGAGCUUGCAGAGAAGAUUGCAACAGCACUACAAAGUGGAACAGACAAGAUUAGGCUUCCAGCAUAUCAGGCUCCUGGUGACUUUGAGCAUACAGCAGAAAGUGCUGAAGACAGCCCUGCUAUCGAAGAUCAGUUGCUGGGGGAGGCAGAAAGUGAGCAUGAAGAGGAUGAAGAAGAUUUGGACCUCAGUGAGUCCACAUCUGAGAAGCAAGAUAAGGAUGAAACCAAAUUUAAUAUUUCUGUCAGUGGAGAUGUUGAUGGGCUGAUUACUCAGGCUUUGCUGACAGGCAACUUCGAAGGAGCCGUUGAUCUUUGCUUGUAUGAUAAUCGAAUGGCAGAUGCCAUCAUACUAGCAAUAGCUGGAGGACAGGAACUUCUGGCUAAGACGCAAAAAAAAUACUUUGCUAAAACAAAAAGCAAGAUCACCAGGUUGAUAGAUGCUGUAGUGACAAGAGAUUGGAAAGAGAUUCUGCAAUCAUGUGAUCUUCAGAACUGGAAGGAAGCUUUGGCUGCCUUGUUGACGUAUGCUAGGCCUGAUGAAUUUGCUGCACUUUGUGACUUUUUGGGCACACGGUUGGAGAGCGAGGGGGACAACAGCCUUCAAGCCCAAGCCUGCCUGUGCUAUAUCUGUGCUGGUAAUGUGGAAAAACUAGUAGCCUGUUGGGAUAGAGCUCAGAAUGGAAACUCACCUCUUGCUCUUCAGGACCUUAUUGAGAAAGUAGUGGUUUUGCGUAAAGCCAUUGAACUUACCCAAGGAACAAACAAUAAUGGAGUGGGUGCUGUUCUGGCAGAGAAGAUGAGUCAAUAUGCUGGUCUGUUAGCUGCUCAAGGAAGUCUGGCUGCUGCUUUGUCUUAUCUUCCUACUGAUACCAAUCAGUCGGCGAUCCUGCAUUUACGAGACAGACUGUUCCGUGCCCAGGGUGAACAGGCAGCUGGGCAAGAAUUGGCUCCUUUUCCACAUGGGAAGCAGCAAGUUUCAAGAGGUAGAUCCAGUUCCAACCAUUCACACGCCCCAGGGCAGAUACAGCAACAAGCACCUACCCAGCAAUACUAUGCACAGGUUAGACCUGCCCCUACUGUUACAUCAUGGAGUAACCAAACUUCCACUGCCCUUCCCAGCUUUCCAUCAGCCUCAGCAUCUAACAUACAGGGUGAAGCCCCGCCACCAGGUUUCAUACUGCAGAGCAUUCCAAAUCUCAGUGGACAGGUCCAAUCACCAACUUCAACAUCAACUGUUUUUAACAUGUAUUCCCAAGUGGGGUCCCGUCAGACAUUCCCUCAAACUUACCAACCACAGCAGUUCCCUCAGGGAGCAGGGGGACCAACUUAUUAUCAACCUCAUCAACCUACUGCACCUCCACCCCCAUCUUCCUACCCAUCUGUAUAUUUGCCUUCUGUUCCCUCUCACUCUUUGCCUCCUUCUGUGGCUCCUCCAUAUCCAGGACAGCCACAAACAUCCCCUACAGCACCUGGCCCUGCUUCAGCUUUUCUUCCUCUCUCUGGAGCAUCCUACCAGCAUGGCGGACCUGGAGCUCCAACAUCUUCUGUCGGCUAUCCACCAUCAACUGGACCAACAGGUACACUACCUGCAAGUAAUGAGCUGCCUGCCUCACAAAGAACAGGAGACAUAGAUUCUCAGGACCAAAUUACUUCCUUAGAAGGACCUCAAAAUGGUUGGAAUGACCCUCCAGCUCUCAGUAGGAUGCCAAAGAAAAAGACCGUGGUACCAGGCAACUUUACUCCUCCUGCACCCAUCACAGCUCCCAUAAUGAAUCCAGUUGCAGACCCUCAGGCUCCAAUGCAGCAUCAGCAACCUCACCCUCCACUGCAGAGUUCAUUCCAGACUCCUCAGCAGCUUCCAAGUCAACCAGGCGUUCAAAGUCCAUAUCAAGGAAUAUUGCAGCCUGGGAUGCAGCCCACACUACAGACAAUGAUGCCAAAGCAUAGCACGGAGGAAGCUCCUGGUGCUCCUACUGGUGACAUCAUGCAGCCAGUACAACCAAUAACCACUGAGAAAAUUGCCAAGAAACCCAUUCCAGAAGAGCAUGCCAUUCUGAAGAUCACAUUUGAAGGAUUGAUUCAGCGAUGCAUGACUGCAGCUACUGAUCCUCAAACCAAGAGGAAGCUGGAUGAUGCAAACAAGCGACUGGAGUCUCUGUAUGAUAAGCUACGGGACCAGGCGCUCUCACCAGCCAUAGUUGGCGGUUUACACAACAUAGCAAGGAGCAUCGAAACUCGGAACUACAGUGAGGGAUUAAGCAUCCACACGCACAUAGUGAGCACCAGUAACUUCAGUGAAAUCUCUGCAUUCAUGCCAGUCCUGAAAGUGGUUCUCACCCAGGCUAAUAAAUUAGGUGUUUGAUAUAAAAGCCUUUUUUUGAGAAAAGCAAGCUAUAUAAUUUGAAAAGUAAAUGUUGGCCAAACCUAUGUUGGUUUAGAUUGAAAUGAAAAUAUGAGCAAAGACAAUUUAAAUACCCAUGAUUAAUGGACUUAAGUUUCAUUCCAUAUUGCAUUUUUUGGCUGUCUUACCACAGCGCCUUUAUAUAAAAGAGGCAAAACAUUCCAAUAUAUAAUCAGAUAUAUAUAAAUCCAGUGGCAAUGCACCCUGAUGUUUUAAAUCUGUCUAUAUUGCCUGUUUUAAAAAAAAGCCAUUAAAUUAUGUGACCUACAUAGGACAAAUGGAAUCCAUACAGUAUUGUAAUAAUCCAGAUGCAUGCAUUAUUGAUCAAACUAAAAUACAGGUUUAUGUACCACUGAUUUAUUUAGUGGCAGAGUGUACUUUAAUAAAAAGAAGUGUAGGGCUUUGUCUAGAACCAAUACAGACUGGAAGAGUAUGCUAUAUGGACUGGAAGACGAUACUUGAUUUAUGGCUAAGUUUUGGGAAAAAGUUCAAACAGCAGCAAAUCUUUCCCUAUGUUCAAUUUUAUGAUUCAGAAGCACACCUACAAUUCAUCUUUUAAAUAAACAUUAAUUUAUUUA